AUGGCAGCCUGCAUCUUUUGUAAGAUUGUCAAAGGAGAGAUUCCUUCCUUCAAGCUCUUCGAGUCCGAUAAGGUCCUUGCUUUUCUCGAUAUCCAGCCUCUGAGUCGGGGACACGCUCUCGUGAUCCCCAAGCACCACGGCGUCAAGCUGACCGACAUCCCCGACGACUCGCUGGUGGACAUCCUGUCGGUGCUGAAGAAGAUCGCCGUGGCCACGGGCGCGGAGAACUACAACGUACUCCAAAACAACGGGCGCCUGGCACACCAGGAGGUCGACCACGUACACUUCCACCUCAUCCCGAAGCCGAACCCCGCCGAGGGCCUGGGCAUCGGGUGGCCGGCGCAGAAGAUGGAUAUGGAUGAGCUGAAGAAGUUGUAUGAGAGUUUGAAGGCCAAGAUGUGA